UGAAGUUGCCUACCGAGGGUAUAAAUAGCCGUUGUAAUGGCCGGCGAUGCAUUCGUUUGACGAUUUUCGGACGGAGGUGUCGUAGUUGUUAGCGAAAGCUCCAUUACUUGCUUUAGCCAACUAUCUAUCAUCCUACGUCCAUUUUUUUUACUUCUUUUUUAAGAAUUUUGAAAGUUUUCUUUACAUUACAAAAUGCGUGAAUGUAUCUCAGUUCAUGUUGGACAAGCUGGUGUCCAGAUUGGUAAUGCGUGUUGGGAAUUAUAUUGUCUGGAACAUGGCAUCCAACCUGAUGGACAAAUGCCAUCUGACAAAACUAUUGGUGGAGGAGAUGAUAGUUUCAAUACAUUUUUUAGUGAAACUGGUGCAGGAAAACAUGUACCUAGAGCAGUUUUCAUUGAUUUGGAACCCACAGUAGUUGAUGAAGUACGUACUGGUACUUAUCGUCAGUUGUUUCAUCCAGAACAAUUGAUUACGGGUAAAGAAGAUGCAGCUAACAAUUAUGCUCGUGGUCAUUAUACAAUUGGAAAAGAAAUUGUAGAUCUUGUAUUAGAUAGAAUACGUAAAUUGGCUGACCAGUGUACUGGUCUUCAAGGUUUCCUCAUCUUUCAUUCUUUUGGAGGUGGUACUGGUUCUGGUUUCACUUCUCUUUUGAUGGAACGUCUUUCUGUAGACUAUGGCAAGAAAUCAAAGUUGGAAUUUGCUAUUUAUCCUGCUCCACAAGUUUCUACUGCAGUUGUUGAACCAUAUAAUUCAAUUCUCACCACACAUACCACUCUUGAACAUUCCGAUUGCGCAUUUAUGGUUGACAAUGAAGCCAUUUAUGAUAUUUGUCGCCGUAAUUUAGAUAUUGAAAGACCUACUUAUACUAAUUUAAAUCGAUUAAUUGGCCAAAUUGUAUCCUCCAUUACAGCUUCUUUGCGAUUUGACGGUGCAUUGAACGUUGAUUUAACUGAAUUCCAGACAAAUUUAGUACCUUAUCCCAGAAUUCAUUUCCCCUUGGUAACCUAUGCACCUGUUAUUUCUGCAGAGAAGGCAUAUCAUGAACAACUCUCUGUAUCAGAGAUUACGAAUGCGUGUUUUGAACCAGCAAACCAAAUGGUGAAAUGUGAUCCUCGCCAUGGAAAAUACAUGGCCUGUUGCAUGUUAUAUAGAGGUGAUGUCGUACCCAAAGAUGUAAAUGCAGCGAUCGCCACUAUAAAAACAAAACGUACUAUUCAAUUUGUUGAUUGGUGCCCAACUGGAUUUAAAGUUGGUAUUAAUUACCAGCCUCCAACUGUGGUACCUGGUGGUGAUCUUGCCAAAGUACAACGUGCUGUUUGCAUGUUGUCAAACACAACCGCUAUUGCGGAAGCUUGGGCUCGUCUUGAUCAUAAAUUCGAUUUGAUGUAUGCUAAACGUGCAUUUGUCCAUUGGUAUGUUGGUGAAGGUAUGGAAGAAGGUGAAUUUUCUGAAGCACGUGAAGAUCUUGCAGCUCUUGAAAAAGAUUAUGAAGAAGUUGGUAUGGAUUCCGCUGAAGGUGAAGGAGAAGGUGCCGAAGAAUAUUAAAUAAUUCGAGUAUUAUGAUUGUUUUGAUAUAUAUAUAUAUUUUUUUUUUUUUUUUUGGUAAUAAAGAGACAGAUUGUCAUGAGCAACAA